AUGUUGUCGGCGCAUUGCCUAUUAGUCGUUUUCUUGACGGCAUAUCUGGCGGCAGCCCUGGCAAGCGCUUCUGCGACGGGACCGAGAACGCUUGUGCUCUUGGAUGCCACGCUGGAUCGCUCGGCCUAUUCCACCUAUUUUUCGGCCCUCGAGAAGCAGGGACUCGAGCUCGCAUUUCGAACCACGAAAGAGUCGACUCCCACCCUGACGGCCCAUGGGGAAAAGUCAUUUGACCAUCUGAUCGUCUUUGCGCCCGAAGCCAAGACCUUGGCGGCAGAUGUGACACCUCAAGCACUUGUCAAGUUCCUCAAAGAGGACGGCAACAUUCUCUUUGCUCUCUCUUCGAACCUUGCCGAGCAGUAUCGAGACCUCGCACGCGAAUUUGACGUAGAGUUCGACGAGCGAGGGACCCGUCUCGUCGAUCACUUUAGCUCGCUCUCGUCCGACCCCACUCAUACAUCUGUCCUUGUCCAAGAUGGGCUUGACGCUUCUCUUGGCCCACUUUUCUCAGCACCUGCAGCUGUGGCCGAUCCCUUUCUGUACAAGAAUGGUAUUGUCCACCGUGUCGGCGACAACCCACUGGCCUUUCCCAUCCUUCGACCCGCUUCUCUGUCCUACUCUUUUGAAGGACCCUUGUCGGAAGAUGAAGCGUCCUCGAUCGACAAGCUUGAUUCGCCAGACAGAGAAUUGAUGCUGGGCAGCGAUGCAGACGUCUCGCUCAUCUCAGCCUUUCAGCUCCUCAACACGGACCGGAGAAAUCCGGACCAGAGCCCGAAGAGGGUCGGUAGUGCCGGCAGAGUGGCCUUUGUGGGCAGCAUCGAGGCCUUUUCUAAUGUAGCAAUCGACACCAAGAACAUCGAGACGAAAGAUGGGAAGAGUUCUUGGGUCACCCAGAACCACGGAGUGAUUCGCGUGGAGGGAACCUCACACGAGCGCGUCCGCCAGAGUCAGACGGACAUACGGGAAUCCUACGAAGAGUUCGAUGCGCAAGAUGAGAGCCAAGCAAAGCGGGUGCAGAACAUGUACCGGAUCAUGGACACUGUCACCUUCAACAUUGACCUCUCGCAACACACGCCGGCCGGGUGGACACCUGCGCCGAACGACCUAGACCUUCAAGUGUCGCUCGUCAUGCUGGAUCCCUACGUGACGACGAAUUUAACAGCCCGUGGCCAGCUUGCCACCACGGCGCCUUCCAGCGGCAACCUCUCGCAGAAAUCUCUGGACAGGACGCCCCGGUCGACGCGAUAUUCGAGCACUUUCCGCCUUCCUGACAAGCAUGGAGUCUAUACGUUUGUCGUAGACUGGAAGAGACACGGAUGGUCCUAUGUCAACACUCGCGACACCACUCCAGUCCGUCCACUCAACUCGGACGAGCACCCCCGCUUCCUUCACGCCGCCUUUCCCUACGUCGCAGGCGCCGCAUCGACCGUGACAGCCUUUUUGCUCUUUUCCCUCCUCUGGAUCACGUCCGAUGAUCAAGGAGGCAAGGACAAAAGAAAAGAGGAGUGA